AUGCCGCUCGCCAACUUCGGCACCCUUGUUCUCCACCAUAUUGUCUUUGUCGCUCACCUGGUCUACUUCCACAUUGCUUUCUCUCACAUGGAACAGAGCGCUCUCGUGGCUCUCUAUUGCGUCUCUAAGCUUCUUGCACGCCGCGCCGACGACAUCGGUGGCCCGCCUCCGGAAUGGCCCCCUCCGACAAUGUCAACUGGCGGUAUUGCCAAUAUUCUUCACUCAUUAAAAUGGACCGCCCCCUGGCUGCGCGGCAUCGGGCUCUUCUUCUUCUUUCUCAAUAUCAUCCUAUUCAUCAUGAACUGCAUUCUUAUAUAUCAGAUGGAAUCGCUCUUCAUCUCAGCUUCUGUGGUCUCCAUCGCUGUAAUAUUAAUCAAUACCUGUCAAUAUGGUAUUCCUUAUGCAGGUCCGUGGCUUCUUAAUACCAUGGAGUGGGUAUUCUGGGUCUACGCCGCCCUCAGCGUUUCUGUCAGCGCAUUUCUGUAUCUUGUCCUUUGGUCCACAUUGGUAUUUCCUGUUCACACGAUGACCCCUACUUGGGUCUUUCCUGCGUAUCCUCUACUUCUUAACGCACCAUUUGCAGCGAAUCUUAUUGCCGCAGCGGACUCUUCAGGUCACGAUCUGUCAGUGAAUACCGUGGCUAUGGCGCUCGGGGCCACUGCGAUCCAAGGAACCGGCUGUUUGAUUGCAUUCAUGAUAUCUUCUGCUUUCAUUUAUCGCCUUAUGACACAAAAGCUACCACGGGAUAAUCAGAGACCCGCUAUCUUCAUGUCAAUAGGUCCCUACGGUUUCACCGCUGCUGGUAUAGCCCAACUGGGCAGCCAAGCAGACUUGCUUGUACCCGAAAACUUCCUGGGGACACCACAUGUCGCGGACAUAAUCAAAGUUAUAAGCAUUCUGGUAAGUCUCUGGCUCUGGGGUCUUGCAAUGUGGUUCUUCCUCGUCUGUGUUGGCGCCCUAUGGAAAUACUCUCUUGCAGGGCACCAUAUGCCCUUCCAGAUGACCUGGUGGUCUUUUGUUUUCCCCAAUACAGCUCUGGUCACGGCCACUAGUGUCAUGGGUAAGAUCUUUGACAACAAUGGCCUACACAUAUUUGCAUCUGUCAUGACUGUUGCUAUCGUCAUAGUCUGGAUCAUGAUAUUCACAAGGAUGUGUUGGAGUCUUAAGACAAAGAAGCUUCUUUGGCCCAGAGACGAAAAAUAA